GCAGCCCGGGUGGCGGCGACAGGUGCGCCGGGAAGAGCGCCGGGAAGCGGUGGCGGGGCGGCUCGGAGGAAGGCGGUUUUGCUGUCAGAGGUGCCUCGGUGUCCGUGGACAAGAUGGAGUCAACGCCAUUUAAUAGACGGCAGUGGACUUCCCAGUCACUGAGGGUGACAGCCAAAGAACUUUCUCUUGUCAACAAGAACAAGUCAUCGGCCAUUGUGGAAAUAUUCUCCAAGUACCAGAAAGCAGCAGAAGAGGCAAACAUGGAAAAGAAGAGAAACAACACUGAAAAUCUCCCCCAGCAUUUUAGAAGAGGGACCCUGUCUGUGUUAAAGAAAAAGUGGGAGAGCCCAGUGCCUGGGGCAGAGUCUCACGCGGACCUUCAGCAGCACAGCAGCGCUGAGGUCAGGCGCAGAGUGGACCCCCCUCCUGCCGAAGUGACAGGCAACUCAGCCUCGGGAGCCAGGGCUGAUCACGAAGAGCAAACCCAGCCCAGACCCAGGCUUGGACCACGUCCGGAAGCGGUUCCUCUGUGUCAGCAUCCCCGCACGGAGGACAACGAGGAUCUUAAAGCUCACACAACAGAAAGUGGAAAAAUGGAAAACUGUCUGGGAGAUUCCAGGCAUGAAGAAGAGAGAUCUGAAAUGAGUGAAAACACAGAAGUCUCGGGCAAAAUAGAGAAAUACAAUGUUCCACUGAACAGGCUUAAGAUGAUGUUUGAGAAGGGAGAACCAGCUCAGCCCAAGAUUCUUUGGGCCCAAAGCCGAAAUGCAAGUGGAAGGAGGGUCUCUGAAAACAGCUAUUCUCUGGAUGACUUGGAUGUCAGCCCAGGUCAUUUGUCACCCUCUGCAUUCAACUUGGAGAAAAAUGAGAAUAAGCGAAACCUAGAACUUCCACGCCUCUCAGAAACCUCCAUAAAGGAUCGAAUGGCCAAGUACCAGGCAGCUGUGUCCAAACAAAGUAGUUCAACCAACUACAUCAAUGAGUUGAGAGCCAGUGGUGUUGAAAUCAAAACUCAUAAAUUGGAGCAAAAGGAGAAUGUGCCCCCAGGUCCUGAGGUCUGCGUCUCCCAUCAGGAAGCAGAAAAGGUUUCUGCAGCCGAGAAUAGCCUGGAAGCCCAUCCUAGCCCUGCUGAAGAUGGCACCCCCCGUGACACCCAGGUUAAGAAUGAAGCCCAGCAGCCUGCGCACCCCAAACAGCUGAGCCCUGAUGCCAAAGCCUCUGGUCUUCCUGAAAGCUCUCCUCCCAAAACAGUGAAGAAGUUUCAGGCACCUGCAAAAGAGACGUGCGUGGAAUGUCAGAAGACAGUCUACCCCAUGGAACGGCUCUUGGCCAACCAGCAGGUGUUUCACAUCAGCUGCUUCCGGUGCUCCUAUUGCAACAACAAACUUAGUCUAGGAACAUACGCAUCUUUACAUGGAAGAAUUUAUUGCAAGCCUCACUUCAAUCAGCUCUUUAAGUCCAAAGGCAACUAUGAUGAAGGCUUUGGACACAGACCACAUAAGGAGCUGUGGACAAGCAAAACUGACAGUGAAGAGACUUUGGAGAGACCAGUGCAGCUUCCAAAUGCAGGGGAGACCCCUGCGAACCCAGGCGUAGAAGAUGCCCCCAUUGCCAAGGUGGGUGUGCUGACUGCAAGCAUGGAAGCCAAGGCCGCCCCUCAGCGGGAGAAGGAAGACAAGCCCGCCGAGACCAAGAAGCUUAAGAUUGCCUGGCCACCCCCCGCUGAACUGGGCAGUGCAGCCAGUGCCGUCGAGGAAGGGAUCAAAGUGUCCAAGCCCAAGUGGCCGCCUGAGGAUGAAAGCAGCAAGCCAGAAGCUCCCGAAGACGUCGAUCUGGAUCUGAAGAAGCUGAGGCGGUCAUCUUCGCUGAAGGAGAGAAGCCGCCCGUUCACUGUGGCAGCUUCGUUUCGAACCUCUUCUGUCAAGAGCCCCAAAGCUCUGUCUCCCCCUCUCAGGAAAGGCUGGAGCAUGUCAGAGCAGAGUGAGGAGUUUGCAGGAGGGAUAGUAACAGAAAGGAAACAAAUGGAAACCGCCAAGGUCUCUGGGAAGAAUGAGAGUGUGGGCAAAACAGGCUGGCAUAACAAGGAAUCUAAAGAAGAGGAGGCAGGGAGGAGAAGCAAGGAAAUGCAUAGUUUUGAAUUGGGCAGUGAGAGUCUCGUGGAAAAUGGGGCGAGCAUAGAUGAAGACGAUAGCAACCUCUUCCAACAGCAGUCCCCACUUGAACCCAAGUCUCCAACUUGGUCCGGCUUUGUGGAUAACACAUCCACUAAAGAAUUCUCUACCCGGAAUCCGAGAUCCCAGGAUGUCGAGUUCUGGGAGGAAGAAGUGGUCCAAGAGCUGUCUGUGGAAGAGCAGAUAAAGCGAAACCGGUACUACGACGAGGAUGAGGAUGAAGAGUGACCAGUUGCGAAUGGGGCUUGGGCCUUACAUUCACAUUAGUGCUCUCAGCCACCGCCCUUUAUCCAAAUGGUACACAGACACAGGUAUUUGAUCAGGAGCUGUCAUUCAUGUGGAAGCAACUGAGGAAAUGAAUUCCUGCCACCAAGACAAAACAAAAACAAACAUCUGCAGUUCAAGUGAACCAAUUAUUUUUUUUUCUUUUUAAUUUGUUUUCUUACAAUGCUGGAGAUAGAAUCCAGGGCCUUGUAUAUGCUAAACAAGUGCUCUGCCACUGAGCUAAGCCCCCUGUCUCUUUAAGUGAACCAAUUCUAAACGCUGGAGAUAACAUUAUUUAAAUCUUCUUUUAUCAGUGGGGAUAAUGCCUAAGAGUUAAUCAGGGGAAUUUUCCAACUCAUACAGUCCAGAUUCCACUAUAUUUCCAAAACUGUGGAAUUAGAGAACGUACAAAAGGGAUUUAGGGGCCUAUUAUGACUGAAUGCACUUUAGUAUAAAGGGCACAGUUUUACAUUUUAAAUGAAUACUAAUUUGAUUUUUUUUUUAGUAUUCAUCUGUUGGAUCAAAUAUUUAGCCUUUUUAAAUUUUUUCAGUUAAUUUUUUUACUCUGAAUAUGGAAAAUUGUUGCUUUGUAUCCUGCGCUCUGCAUCUUGAAUUAUUGAGCCACUUUUCACCAUACUUUUUGAGACAAAGCACCAACCUACAUGCACCAGUGCUUGGGGAGAUAACACAAAUAAACUGUGGCAUUUGCCAAUGAAUAUGAUUACACCCCAGUGGAGUGCUUUCUUUUCUAGUGGUGUCUGUGCUCCUGACAAUUUCUGAAAGCUGCAAUAUUUUUGUAAGAGCUUUUAGAUCACUGUUUACGGUGUUUGAACAAAGUGAGGAGCUCACUGGGAGGACAGUGGAAGGAGCGCCUUAACCCACUUGAGCUCAGACUUCCAAGCCUCUGUCUCCACUUACGACAUCACCCCUUCCUGACACUAAUUUUUUUAAAUACUUACCAAUUCUGAAAUGUAUUGAUUAUUUUUUAUGGCAGAUAAUCCCAGGGUGAAAUCAAACCAACUGUAGACCUUUCUUCUUGAAUGGUUUUUUUUCUAGUUUUAAGGCUUCAAAACAUUGUAACUCGAGUACAUUUGUUGUACAUAAUUGAUAUUCCAAAUUAUGUGUAUGGGAGGGAGAGGUGUUUUAAACUAUAGGCCUUUUUUGCAUUCAUAGAGAUUUAGCUCUAAUAUUUUUAGAGAUUGUAAAAUAUUCUGCUUUCUUAUAGUCUUGCUAAUCUGAAACAUUUUUAUUCAAUAAAAAUUUUAAUUUACAUUUGAACUUUCAA